CCCCGCUGGUGAAGAAUGCCCCUCUCUCUGAAGAACGGAAGUGGACCGACCAUUUUGAAACACUGCAGCGUUUAGCACGAUGGACAAGGGCCACACGGUGAAGCUCUUUGUGGGUAACCUGGCCCUGGACACCACGCAGGAAGAACUGUCGGCUAUCUUUGAGUCCUACGGCCAGGUGGUGAGCUGUAGCGUCCUCAGGCAGUUCGCAUUUGUUCACCUGCAAGGAGAGGGCGCUGCAGAGCGCGCCAUACGCGAGCUCAAUGGACGAGAGUUCAAAGGUCGUAACCUGGUGGUCGAGGAGUCACGUGGACGCCCACUCCACUCCACCAAAGUAUUUGUGGGUAAUCUGAGUGGCAUGUGUACCACAGAAGACCUAAAGGAGCUAUUUCAGACCUUUGGAAAGGUCUUGGAGUGUGACAAAGUUAAAGGCUAUGCAUUUGUGCACAUGGAGAACAAGGAGGAUGCCCUGCAGGCUAUUGAAGCGUUGCACGGCACCUCCUUCAAGGGACGGCCUCUCUCCGUGGAGCUGUCCAAGGUGCAGCCCAGCAAGCAGACUCCCACAGGGAAGAUCCCGUGCGUGAGCUGUGGGAAGCAAGGUCACUAUGCUGGGGAGUGUCCCGCGGGGAAGCCCGCGCUGGAGCAGUACCAGAGCCAGGCAGCCGUGCUCGCUGCUGCCGCUGCAGCAGCUGCGGGUCUUCCCUUGCAGGUACAGCAGAGCGUCCACAAUUCGGUAUACAACACCUCCACCUUAGAUCCCACCUACGCGGCGCUGACCGGACUGACCGCCGCUGGAGCGCGGGCGGAGGGCGGUACGCCGGUGGCACCCGCCGUCUACGGAGCGCUCGCCAGCCAAGUUUAUGGGACAGUCCCCAACCAGCUGUACGGAAGCACAGUGGCCAGUCAGGCACUCAACACGGGCGCGACGGCGGCAGCCGCACAGGUGUAUGGCUCUGUUAACCCCGCCCUCUAUGGCCAGGUGACCAAUGGCGCCGUUGCGGCUGCUGCAGCUGCUGCCUACGGGCCACAGGUCUACGCUCCUGCUGUGGCGAACCCUGUGUUCUUAGCCGCAGCGCCCGGCAUGGAGGUCCCCGCGGCAGCCGCCGCCGCUGCGGUUAACCCCGGCUAUACGGUGGCCCCGGCCAUCUACUCAGCCAGCCCGGCCUACAGCGGCCUGGGUGCGGCAGACCCCACAGCCAUCUUCGAAGCGGCCAGGGCGCACUACUUUGCGCAAGGGCAGCAAGUGCUGGCGGAGCAGCAGCAGAGCAGUGGGAAGUCUGGAGAGAGGGACCGCAGCCCACUCAGGAGGUCGGCGCCGCUGCUCCCUGACCCCGUGAUGAAGCCCUUCAUGUACCAGAGAGCCAAGCGCAGGGCGCUGCUGCCCACACCUGCAGGCCGGGAAGAGGCUGCCGCCCAGGACGAUGAUCCCGUCGCCAGGUACUAUGCAGAGUACUACCAGCAGUACCAGCAGCUUGCCCAGUACCCCCAGUAUCCAGCAGUCCCCUACCCGGCCCCUAACCCUCUCAGUGCGGUGCCCGCCCUCCCCGCAAUCCCUGCUGUUCCUGCCCCCCCAGUGGCCACACUCGAUGCCCUCAGGCCAGUGCUGCCCGCCGCCCCCGUGCCUGCCGCUGCCGCUAUCGCCGUGGCAACGCCCCGCGUGUAUGAGCCUCCGCCGAUUCCGCCGUCACGCAAGGAGCCCCUCCUCCGCCGCUCCGACCUCGCCCUUCACCCCACUGAAACGCCCUUCCGAUAGUGUGCCUCCCCCUGCUCUUGCCCCCGCCCUUCGCACCGUGUCUGUGUGUGUGUCUGUGUGUGUGUCUGUGUGUGUGUCUGUGUGUGUGUCUGUGUGUGCUUGCUGAGUCUGUCUUGAUUAUGGGUGAGAUGGAGGCGUGUGUGUGUGUGUGUGUGUGCAUGCGUGCGUGUGUGCAUGUGUGUCUUGGUUCUAAGAAGGUGGGCGUUGUCUCUUUUACUUUUAUUUUUUAAGGACUGGAAUAUCUGACCUUGGUUCUGACCACACACCCAGCGUAGCGGGCCAGGGCAGUGAAAGGGAAACUGCACGCUUGCGUUCAACCACAACUAACAACUUAACGUAUAGUCUCUGUGUUUCAACUCUCUCAGACCUUAAACCCUGUAGACAGGUUUGAGGUGUAGGCUAGCCAUUAGCCAUGUAUUCUUUUUUUUUAUUGCUUUUUAUAUAUGAUGUUAGUAGCCUCUGAAUGAUAUUCUACUUGAGAUUUUUAAGAUUUGCUAGUUAUGAGUUAGUUAUGUGAACUAAUAACCAGUUUACGUAUAUAUGUGUGUCUGUGUCUGUGUGUUAUGUCGUGUGUGUGUGUGUGUGUGUGUGUGUGUGUGUGUGUGUCAGUGUGUGUGUGUGUCAUAAAAAAAAAAAAAAAACGAGCAGAUUAAACAAGCAUAUUGGUUAGACAUUGAUAACACUUUGAUAAGCUGAAUGUAUGUUUACCCCAAGGUGUGUGAAGUGUAGGACCAGGGUUGGACACUGUUUUUACGUGUGUGUGUUUGUCUCUUGUCAUUGGGACUUUGGCCACAUAUAAGCAUAUAAUUUAAGAUCCUUUGGUUGCAGUGAUGGGCACACACACACAUACAUAGACACACACAUUUAGGGAAACCGCCUUGAUGUUUUACCACUAUACAUGCACCUCUGUCCUUGCCCUUAUAUCCCAAGAGUAAAGUUAAACAGUUACAGUCUUUAUCAUCCCUCCCCAUUUCACGUCACCUAUUCUGAAAGCUGAAAGACACUGUGAAUUUUCUCCCUCCUAGUUUUAUUUACUUUAACAUAGCUACUGCUAUCACCAUGGUGAUAAAUGGGAAUUAAUCAAUUGGAGCACGGUAUAGCAAUUUGCCAUUAACUGGGAUUGGGUGGCUUAGCCUGUCUGUUUUGUCUUGUGGGGCAGACCUUGACUUGUUGACUUUACUGCCAUUUUGCGUAGUAGAAGAUUUUUGGAAGUGUCUUAUUGAUCCCUGAUGUUUUUAUAAAUAUAGUAAAAGGGACUUUCAUCAGUUUUCUAAACACUCUCCAUAAACUUUGUUUACGUCCACGAAUAAGGAAAAGGUAGCGUUCCGUCUUGUAGCUUUUUACAGAAUGAUUGUAUAUAGCCAAAUUCUUUUUUUAAAAAGCAGACAAAAUUGUGUCUCUAGUGGCUUAUGAUUUUAAUGCCUUAGAAGAGAAAUGUAUAGAGGUUUGCUAUUUUUUGAUUGUAGUCUUAAAAUGUGAAACUGGAUAGAAAACAAUGCACAAUCAAAGUGCUGUAUGCUCUGUGGUGCUGUGGUGUGGGAUUAAACAAAUUGGGAGAUGGCUAUCAGUUUCUUUCAGUCUUCUUUCUCAUGCGCUGCUCCGACUAUCUAGAUAGCCUGCGCAUCUCUCUCUCUCUCUCUCUCUCUCUCCUCUCUCUCUCUCCUCUCUCUCUGUGUGUGCACCUGAAUUUAAUUGUGACAUCAUCUGCUUCUCAUCACUGGUUCAACACUUGUACAUGUACCUACACAAUGAAGAACCCAGUGUUUUUAAAGGAACUGUUUUUCCAAAUAAAACUAAAUGUCUUCA